CACAGUGUUAGUCAAAGGAGAGUAACAUAAUACAGUCUCUUUAUUUUGUACUUCCGCAUUGAGUUUAUCAUACGAAGACGCUGAUAUUUAUUAGGCGAUCGCAACAACAAAGCGGUUAUUUCCUGGUUUAGGGUAAAGGCCAGGAACCACUCAUGUUUUUACCAGGAAGCUAAAUCUACUAUGGCCGUUUAAGGGAGAGCCAAAAAGUUAUUAUUCGUUUUGUUUUGAGCAGUUUCGAGGUAGUUAAACGUUAACUGCAAAUAUAUUAUUCUACUUCGACGAACGCUUGGUUCUGGUGAAAGAUGGGCGCUUUAUUUGCCAGACUAAUGCCAAGCAGCAAAGGAGAACCUAUCAGAGUGUGCAUGCUUGGUUUAGACGCGGCAGGCAAAACAACGGUUCUCCACCGUUUAAAAUUAAGUGAUUGUACUAGGACGUUGCCGACGAUCGGAUUUAACGUAGAAACUGUCACACCAUGUAAAGGUCUCACGUUGACGAUAUGGGAUAUCGGAGGUCAAGAUAAAAUCCGCCAGCUUUGGAAACAUUAUUACACUUCAACGGAAGGGCUGAUAUACGUAGUGGAUAGCGCUGACGACACUCGGUUUGGAGAAGCUGCCAGUGAACUCAAUGCCAUUCUUAAUGAACAUAAUAUGGUCAAGAUACCACUCGUUGUACUGGCGAACAAGCAAGAUCUUCCAGGAGCGGUGACAAGCAAAGAAAUGGAAGGAAUACUUCAACUUAACGAACUGUCACCAGACUACAUGUGGCAUGUACAGGAGUGUUGUGCGUCCAAAGGAACCGGCGUGUUCGAAGCGAUGUCGGUGCUAGCUAAAUUUAUAAAGAAACAGAAGAAAGAAAGUCAACCGAAUGCUAGGAAAGAUAGGAACUCUAGUACUACGUCUCUUGAAACUUGAAAACUGUGUACAACCUUGCAGCGCCUUUUGCUGUACAGAUUUCAAACCUAUACUGUCAGUUUCUUUUUAUUUCUUCUGGCUUUUAACGUUUGUUCCUUUAUUAAUAGCUGUGAAAAUACAGUGUGACCGCUAUUUUAUAAAUGGCGAGUAUACUGAUGGAUGCUUUUUGAUUUUAUCAAACCCCACUUGCGGUGGGGUGUUUUAAACUCAAAACAGAUGUGAAUAAAACCUUUUUGUUUUA